UUUUCUUUCCUCGCGCACGCGCUCGUCCCUCGAGGCUUCGAACCGCACCGCCGGCGACCACCGGAAGAGAGGGACACGACGACAGCGAUGGCGCUCAGCCACGGGGUACGGGCCAGCCUCCGCUUCCUCGUCUCCACCACCGAGGCCGCCUCCGCCCCCGCUUCUCGUGGAUUUCAUUCCACUGGAGUGAGGCGGAUGGGAGCGCACAUGCAUGAUGAGCCAUACUACGUCCAUGCCAAGCACAUGUACAACCUGCACAGGAUGAAGCACCAGCAGCUUAAGGUUUCCCUCGCCGUGCUGGCUGCCGUGGGCACUGGUGUUGGAGUCCCUGUGUACGCAGUUGUUUUCCAGCAGAAGAAGACUGCCUCCGCAUAGUUUGAAAUACCAAAGACAGCACAGCUUAAAAUACCUGUCCAUGAGAUUUCUUUUCCCAUUUUCCCAUAGCAUUUUGAGAAGUUCAGUCUGGAGCUUCAAUUUUACUUGUUCAUUUCUCUAUUCUCUCUUUACACAGGUUUGCCCUUUGCUUAUUGGAUUUUGACGUAGGAACAGCUGUCCCUUUUAAUAAUACAGUGGCCUGAAGUUUUGCCAAGAUGUGGAAAUGACAGAAACCAUAUUGUAAUACAUUCUAUUUUUUUCUUUUCCGCUUUCCCAUAUAUUCUUAAAUGAAUCAAAUGUUCCUUA